AUGCGCGUUACCUCUUUAUUUGUGGCAAACCUCCUGGUUACCCUAGCUGCUACAGCUUCGACAUUUUUGAAUGGUAUCUUCACAAUCUUUGAUGACUCCAACGGUGACAAGUUCGGCAUCGGUACAUCUGGUCCGCUUCUUGGGCUCAUUGAGAUUAGACCCAAUGCAACCACUCAAUGGUUUAUCGAACCUGUUCCCGGCUCUGCUUCUCAAGUGAUUAUACGGGACCCCGAGAGUAAUAAAUAUAUCAGCUUCCCAGGGCUCAAGGAGGGUGCAACUGCCACGCUUACCGAAACAACUCCGACAGUGAUCACGAUAUCCCCCGUUGGUAAUCUUCGUUUCCAAUUCACUUCAGGGCUAGUGUGCACUAUCGAAAGGCACAGCACCGUGGACCUUCGUUGGGUUUGGAGGCUGCGCGGUAAUCCCGACAGACCGUAUAAGAGAAAGUUGAUUUCCAUGCUUGGAAAGCCGAGUCCACAACCAUCCGAACACGAAUGA